AACAGAAGAAACAGGGGGUUUUAGGAUGGUUUUAUCAUCAUCGUCUUCUUCGUCUCUUCCUCUCUUUGUAUCAAAACCCUAAUCCCAAAGCCAUGGCUUCCACAGCUGUAUUUUUGCCAAUCCCUCAUGCUAAAAUCCAGAAGCCGAAAAAGCUAGACCAUCAUAAACCCCACAGAACCCUCCCUGUCCUCUUCACUUCAAACCCGUCCCCUCACUUCCACACCUCCACAAUCUCCAAAAAUUCACUCUCUUCAUCCUCUUUCCGGCACAAUUUCCACUCUCCUUCACACUCUUCAAACUCCGAAGCCCAAUGCCAUGCUCUCCCACUCUCACCGACUAACAAUUCUAUUGAAACCCUCCAAGAUUCUUCAAACAUCCAGGUGAAAGAAUCAAUCCCAAGAAUAUUUGUCCAAGACCCACCUUGGAUUUCCUCAUUUUUGUUCCAUGAUUGGUGUGAAAGAAAUAGGAGAACUGGGCAAAAUGUGAAAUUGGAGUUUCGAGAAACCGAGAGGAGGAACUAUGGUUUGCUUAGGCGAAGGCAAGUGAAAGCGGAGACGGAAGCGUGGGAGAGAAUGGUGGAGGAGUAUAGAGAGAUAGAGAGGGAGAUGUGUGAGAAGAAGUUGGCCCCAAAUUUACCGUACGUGAAGGCAUUGUUUCUGGGGUGGUUCGAACCAUUGAGGGAGGCGAUAGAGAAGGAGCAGAGAGCUCAGAGGACAAAGAAACAGAAAGCGGCGUAUGCACCACAUAUUGAGUUGUUGCCAGCUGAUAAAAUGGCCGUUAUUGUUAUGCAUAAGAUGAUGGGAUUGGUAAUGAUGGGGCAUGAGGAAGGGUGUGUUAGGGUUGUUCAGGCUGCAGUGCAGAUUGGUAUGGCAAUUGAGCAAGAGGUUAGGAUUCAUAGUUUCCUAGAGAAGACAAAGAAUUUCGAAAGACAUAAGACUGUGGGUCAUAGUCAGGAAGGUUUAAGAGAGAAGGAGAUACUAAGAAAGCGUGUUAAAAGUUUUAUUCGAAAGAAAAAAAUAAUUGAGGUGCAAAAGCUGGUGAAAAAUGAGGAGAUUACACCUUGGGGUCGAGAUACCCAAGCCAAGCUGGGAAGUCGUCUGAUAGAAUUAUUGACAGAAACAGCUUAUGUACAAACUCCAGUUAACCAGUCAGCAGACUGUCCACCUGAUGUUCGACCUGCAUUUCGGCACACGUUUAAAACUGUAACAAAGGAAUCAGGACAAAAAGAUUGGAGGAAGUAUGGAGUUAUCGAAUGUGAUCCCCUAGUCCUUAUUGGACUCGAUAGAACUGCUAAGCAUAUGGUGAUUCCUUAUGUGCCAAUGUUGAUACCUCCAAAAAAGUGGAAAGGGUACGACAAAGGUGGAUACUUGUUCUUACCUUCUUAUAUCAUGCGCACUCAUGGAUCAAGAAAGCAGCAAGAUGCAGUUAAGAGUGUUCCAAGGAGACAACUGCAGAAAGUAUUUGAGGCCCUAGAUACUCUAGGAAACACCAAAUGGAGGAUAAAUAGAAGGGUUCUUAGUGUGGUCGAGAGUAUAUGGGCUAGAGGUGGCAACCUUGGAGGUCUGGUUGAUCGGGAAAAUGUUCCUUUACCAGAGAAGCCAUCCACAGAGGAUUUAACAGAAAUUCAGAACUGGAAAUGGAAUGCUAGGAAGGCAAAGAAGAUUAACCAGGAGAGGCAUUCUCUACGAUGUGAUACUGAAAUUAAGCUUUCUGUGGCUCGAAAAAUGAAAGAUGAAGAAGGCUUUUAUUAUCCCCACAAUCUUGAUUUUCGAGGCCGUGCGUACCCAAUGCAUCCACAUUUGAAUCAUCUGAGUUCUGAUCUCUGUCGAGGAGUUCUUGAGUUUGCUGAAGGAAGGCCAUUAGGGAAGUCUGGGUUACGUUGGCUGAAAAUACAAUUAGCAAACCUUUAUGCAGGUGGUGUUGAAAAGCUUUCGUAUGAUGGGCGCCUGGCAUUUGUUGAUAACCAUCUGGAUGAUGUAUUUGAUUCAGCAGACAACCCUUUGAAUGGAAAUCGCUGGUGGUUAACUGCUGAAGAUCCUUUUCAGUGCUUAGCUGCUUGUAUUAAUCUUUCAGAAGCCUUAAGAAGCUCAUCACCCCAUACUGUCAUCUCCCACCUGCCAAUUCAUCAGGAUGGUUCAUGCAAUGGCCUACAGCACUAUGCAGCGCUGGGAAGAAACAGUUUGGAAGCAUCCGCUGUGAACUUGGUUGCUGGAGAGAAACCUGCCGACGUUUAUUCAGAAAUUGCUGCUAGGGUUCAUGAAAUCAUGAAAAGGGAUAGCAACAAGGACCCUGCAACUGAUCCAAAAGCUUUAUUAGCCAAGGUUUUAAUUGGUCAGGUGGAUCGGAAAUUAGUAAAACAGACAGUGAUGACUUCUGUGUAUGGUGUUACCUAUAUUGGUGCACGUGAGCAAAUCAAAAGAAGAUUGGCGGAGAAGGGUCUUAUUACUGAUGAGCGGCUUCUAUUCACUGCAGCUUGCUAUGCUGCUAAAGUGACGUUGGCUGCUCUUGGAGAGAUAUUCCAAGCUGCACGUGACAUUAUGGCUUGGCUUGGUGAAUGUGCAAAAGUUAUUGCUUCAGAAAACCAACCAGUGCAGUGGACAACUCCUCUAGGUCUUCCUGUCAUUCAACCCUACUGCAAAAGUGAACGGCAUCUUAUAAGAACUUCUCUACAAGUUUUGGCCUUGCAGCGAGAGGGUAGCGUGGUUGUGAUUAGGAAACAGAGAACUGCAUUUCCACCAAAUUUUGUUCACUCACUUGAUGGUUCACACAUGAUGAUGACCGCUGUUGCCUGCAGGGAUGCUGGUUUGUGUUUUGCAGGGGUGCAUGACUCCUUCUGGACACAUGCAUGUGAUGUUGACAAGAUGAAUCGGAUACUUCGGGAAAAAUUUGUAGAGCUUUACAGUAUGCCAAUACUUGAAAAUUUGCUGGAAAGUUUCCAGACAUCACAUCCAACAUUGACAUUUCCACCGCUUCCAGAUAGAGGUAACUUUGACCUAAGAGAAGUUCUUGAAUCUCCAUACUUCUUCAAUUGAUCGAGCAAAAGCAAUAGCAGCAUCAAUGUGCCUUAUUCAGAAGCCUUGUUGUUUUUGGCCCGCACAAAGCUUUGAGGUGUUUUAGGAGUAUAAGUUCAACUAUAAUUGAACUUUUAAAGUUUGUGAGGGGCAUGCAGUGGAUUGAGAUUUCUUCCAUAAAAAAUGCCAGUGAGGAGAAUGCAAAGAAUUUAAUGCCAUGGGCAUUUCCUGCAAGGAUGCAAUGCUAGGGGGACUCUGGAAACCAUCUUUAUGAGGUGAACAAGGUCAAGACCAUAAGGCUGGUUCAACCUUAUAAACACGACCAUCCGGCCUGUCUAUCUAUUCAACUACUCACAGGAGGAUAUAUUCUCGAAUUCUUUGAUUAGGAUUUCAGAAUUUUGGAAGCUUAUGUUGGAUUAGAGAGUUUCAGAAAGGUCAAUGAUGGAGCAUAUAAAUUGAAUAUAUUUGACUGCUUAAUAAUGUUUUUUGAUCCAAGAGCUGAUAAUUCAUGAUGGAGAUUUUUGUUUCUUCAUGGUGCAAAUGAAGUCAUUCUUUUAGCGUUUAUAGGCAGUUGGUUUUGUAUCUAAUAGGGCAUAAAAGCGAAGACAUGACUGUAAUUUAUAUUGUUGAUUGGCACAAUAUUGCACUGGCCAUAAUAGGCCAAGAUAAUAAAUUCAUCCUUGUAUAGAAUUUGAGCAA